AUGGACACAGAGCAGCAGCGAGCGCUUCGUCUUCUGCAGCAACAGCAGCAACUGCAACUCCCUCAGCAGCAGCAGCAGCAGCAGCAGCAGCAACCGCUGCAGCAGCUGCAGCAACAGCCACAGCUCGUGCUUCCACAGCAACAGCAGUGUCAGCUACAGCCGGUGCCGCAGCUCCUGCUACCUCAGCAGCAGCGGCAGCAGCUGCAGCAGCAAGCACAGCUCUUGCUGCCGCAGCAGCAGCAGCAGCAACUGCCGCAGCUCCUGCUACCUCAGCAGCAGCGGCAGCAGCUGCAGCAGCAAGCACAGCUCUUGCUGCCGCCGCAGCAGCAGCAGCAACUGCAGCAGCAGCAGCAGCAGCAGCAGCAGCAGCAGCACAAGAAAUAUUUCGACAUAUGGAAAAGGCCGCAGCAUGUAGGGAUGUUUGCCUUAGGACAGCAGGCGGGCCUGCUCCCUCAUCAGCAUCAUCAUCAUCAGCAGCAGCAGCAGCAGCAACAGCAGCAGCAGCAGCAGCAGCAGCAACAGCAGCCUCUGCUGCUUUUUAAAGGGCUCACUCCCGCCGCCUUUUCCUCUUCUGUACAGCCGCUUCAGUUGCAGCAGCAGCUCCAUUUGCAGCAGCAAGAGCAGCAGCAACAGCAGCAGCAGCAGCAGCAGCAGCAGCAGCAAGGCCACUGGAUCCCGCAGCAUGUAGGGAUGUUUGCCUUAGGACAGCAGGCGGGCCUGCUCCCUCAUCAGCAUCAUCAUCAGCAGCAGCAGCAGCAGCAGCAACAGCAGCAGCAGCAGCAGCCGCAGCAACAGCAGCCUCUGCUGCUGUUUAAAGGGCUCACUCCCGCCGCGUUUUCCUCUUCUGUACAGCCGCUUCAGUUGCAGCAGCAGCUCCACUUGCAGCAGCAAGAGCAGCAACAGCAGCAGCAGCAGCAGCAGCAGCAGCAAGGCCACUGGAUACAGCUGCAGCAGCAGCAGCAGCUCAGACUGCAGCAGCUGCGGCGCAUGCAGCAGCAGGUCGAGGAGAGACGCCUGCAGCUGAAGGAAGAGCUGAGCCAGCCCCACAGCCACCGCCACCGUUUGCUGCUGCAGCAGCAGCAGCAGCUGCUGCAGCAGCAACAGCAACAGCUAGCGCAGCAGCAACUGCAGCAGCAACAGAUGCAGCAGCAAAAGCAGCAGCAGCAGCAGAUAGAAAACUCCCCAGGGCCUUCUCCUGCUCUCCCUCAAUUAGGGUUAAUACACGCACGACAGCAGCAGCUGCUGCAGCAGCAACAACAGCAGCUGCUGCUGCAACAGCAACAGCAGCAGCAGCAACAGCAGCUGCUCCAGCAACAGCAGCUGCUGCAGCAACAGCAGCAGCAGCUGAAGCACCAGCAGCAACAGCAGCAGCAACAGCAGCAGCAACUGCAGCACCAACAGCAGCAGCAGCAGCAGCAGCUGGCGCUAAUCCCUUGCCCGCUGCAGCAUCUGCACGCGCAGCAGCAGGAGGAACCCCAUCAUCGUCAUCCUCAGCAGCAGCAGCAGCAGCAGCAACAGCAGCAACAGCAGCAACAGGCAGCAGCAACAGCAGCAGCAACAGCAGCAGCAACUGCAGCACCAACAGCAGCAGCAGCAGCAGCAGCAGCAGCAGCAGCUGGGGCUAAUCCCGCUGCAGCAUCUGCACGCGCAGCAGCAGGAGGAACCCCAUCAUCGUCAUCCUCAGCAGCAGCAGCAACAGCAGCAACAGCAGCAGCAACAGCAGCAGCAGCAGCAGCAGGACGCAGCGGCUGGCUGCCGCAGGAGCUCCCCAGGAAGCAGCAGAGCCGUCAGCAUACCCCAACGCACUCUGAAACCCACAAGAAGCUGCAGCAGCAGCAGCAGCAGCAGCAGCAGCAGCAGCAGCAGCAACAGCUGCAGCAGCAACAGCUGCAGCAGCAGCAACAGAAGAUGAGACAGCAGCAGCAACCACACCAACCGCAACAACAGCACACAAUGCAGCAGCAGCAGCUUCAGGCGGAACAGCAGCAGCAGCAGCAGCAGCAGCAGCAGCAGCAGCAAAACCAGGACGAUGUCUUAGGUCAGGGGUCACCUAGCCAGCAGCAGCGCCAGCAACAGCAGCAGCAGCUGCAACGACAGCAGCAAAGGCAGUUGCAGAAGCUACAGCAGCAGCAACAGCAGCAGCAACAGAUGCUUCAACAGCAACAGCAGCAGCAGCAGCAGCAGCAGCAGCAGCAGCAAGAAGCAGCAGAUUCACCUCCACCUCCACUCCGCAGAGACGACAUCCCCAUAAAAGCAACAGCAGCACAAGAGUUCUUUCAGCGGCUGCUGCAGGAGGAUGCGCUGCUGCUGCAGCAGCAGCAGCAGCAGCAGCAGCAGGGUGGCCACCUGCAGCAGCAGCAGCAGCAGCAGCACCACAAGAGUUCUUUCAGCGGCUGCUGCAGGAGGAUGCGCUGCUGCUGCAGCAGCAGCAGCAGCAGCAGGGUGGCCACCUGCAGCAGCAGCAGCAGCAGCAGCAGCAGCAGCAGCAUCACAGACUGCACCACCCCAAAGCAGCAGAUUCAAACGGAUCCCGCAGGUCGUUGUCUGUUAGUCGCCCUGCAGCAGCAGCAGCAGCAGCAGCAGCAGCAGCAGGUGGUCCUGGGCUGCAGCAGCAGCAGCAGCAGCAGCAGCAGCAGCGAACGCUGCAGCAGCAGCACAAAGCACCUCCUAGUAGAGUUGGCGCCUCCUGCAGCAGCAGCAGCGGCAGCACGAGCUAUCUACCUGCAGAGGAACUCGGUUUAG